AGUCAUGGUUAUUAUUUGUAUUAACGGUGUGAGAGUGUUGAUCAGUUAGUGAAGCGUUGUUAUCGAAAUGUAAUUGCCAGAAACGCAGUAUUGAACUAUAGUAACACGAGUGCACACUCGUGUUAUUGUACACGUUUCCUCUUUAAUUAGUCUAAUUGACAAGAAAAAUAAUGUUCUAAUUAAAUGACGCCAUCGUUCCGUACGAAGUCGGUACUCACACACUCAGUAUGUAUAUUUGUCAAUGAAGAUAACAACUUGGCUGAAAUAUUCUCUUCAAAGAUCGCAAAUAUUCACGAUUCGGAUUUAUGUGACAGUGUGGAAGCGUGCGUUGGACUAACACACCGCUAAGUAUUUUGUGCUGUGAAAUUAUGGAAAUGCGAGGGGUUUUCUCAUUAUUGAUCGCAUCAAGUGCAGUGUGGCUGACGUCAAACUACUGCCGCCCCGAUCCUCCGGUGCCAACAAACAACAAGCUCAUCCUCUCCUGGGCGCCGCAUUAUGGCGACUACAGCUUUGGCUUCGGCCACGGUACACCGGAAGACUUCAAAAAAGCUGGCUGCAAGUACACCAACUGCGAAAUUAUCAAACGCCGAUGGUUGUAUCCGUUGCAGCGAAUCGAUGCUUUCUUGUUUCACGGAUUUGAAGACUACGAAAUACUGUUUGGGACGCCGCGCGUGAGAUUCGAUCAUCAAAUCUAUAUAUUUUAUUGUUUUGAAUCUGUGAGACAAAGCUACAUCGCUGAACGAAGAAGGGAUUUCUUUAACAUGACCUUUACGUACAGGUUAGACUCUGAUAUAGCGUGGCCUUAUUUUGGAGUUUAUGAUGCAGAAACUGAAGAACUUGUUGCACCUUCGUUCAACCCGCAGUGGAUUUCAACAAUGGUACUGAAAGGGUCGAAAGUGCAACAAGAUAUUGACGCGCUUAUUGCGAGUAAAACACACACAGCUGCCUGGUUAGUAUCGAACUGUCACAGUGUUAGUGGAAGAGAAGAAUAUGUGAAGAAAUUGCAAGAGCUUGGCAUCGACGUUCAUAUCUACGGUGCUUGUGGCACUUACAAGUGUCCGUUCAGUGAGAAUUGCAAGAAAAUAAUCAGCAAAUAUUAUUUCUAUAUCGCUUUUGAAAAUUCCUUGUGCGAGGACUAUGUCACAGAGAAGACAAUCACAGCGUUCGAAAGUGGUUCAGUGCCGGCCGUGUUAAGUGGUGCUAAUUUGACAAGGUUCCUACCACCAAAUUCGUAUUUAGACGCCCAAGAGUUAGGACCUGUUGAACUAGCUAAAGAAAUGAAGCGUCUUAUGGCUGAUAAAAAGUCAUAUGCUGAAAAACUUUAUUGGCGGCAAAGAUAUAAGGUGGCGAAAUAUACAUAUCUGACAGAGAAAACCGGACAUCACCCGUUUUGUAGUGUGUGUGAAGCUGUUAAUACUGGAAAAGUUAUAACCAAACGAAACAAGGAAGUUUUAGAUUGGUGGCACUCUUCACAAACUGGUGAUGGAGGCUCGUGUUUGAUGUGAGCAAUUGAAGUGCUCCUUUCGGAUAAUGCAUUAUAGGGUUCAAUCGACUGGAAAUGACUUCCUCUAUCACCUCCUGAAAGGAUCCGGUCUAUUUAUCAAUAACCCUGUAUAACGGUAUAACAAAACAAGGUGUAGAUAAUGAUAUGAAAUAGAGUGACAUCGUGAAGAGGAAAAGAUAAUCAAGUUAGUUUGUUGUUCUAUUCAUCAAGUGCAUUAAAUUAAAUAUAUGAUAUUUAUGUUGGAUUCGAGAAGAGCCUUGUAAAACUAAUCGAGAUCUCAAAAUUGUAUCGUCUUCGUAUUACAGUGAUAAUAUUGUUUUCUUACAUGUUUUUUUUUUUAUAACAUCCUUCUUUUAUUUAGUUACAUGUUGAUUUUAAUUAUUCUGAGUCAUUAAAUAUUUUUAAAUUUUG